AUGUUCGCCAUCGCUGCGCUCACCGCGCUCUUUCAACUCGCCUCUUUCAUCCUUCCUGCGCUCGCUGCUCCCGCUUGGGACGUGACGCCGAUAAACCCGGCUGCCAUCCCCCUUGCCGUGCGCUCCCCGUACCUCUCUGCAUGGCUCCCGCAGGGCGGCGGUACCGCACUCAACGCGGCCUGGCCCACGUUUUGGAACGGAAACAUCGUCGGCUGGGCGGGGUACGCUAAGGUCGACGGGACGGCGUACACUUGGAUGGGUGUCCCCGCCGUGCCCAACACCAAGACGACCCCCGCUACGCAAAAGAGUUUUCAGGCAAGGUUUUCGAUGACCGCAACGCAGAGCAUCUUCGUGAUGAGCGCGGGUCCUGUGGACCUCACAAUCACCUUCCUCAGCCCGGUCGAGCCCGGUGACUUUGUGAACCAAUCGCUGCCGCUCUCGUACUACUCCGUCUCAGCCGCGUCGACCGACGGCAAGUCGCACAGCGUGCAGGUCUACGCGGACAUCAGCGCGGAGUGGAAUACGGGCACCGUCUCUCUCGGUGUCACCUGGAACACGACGGCACAGAGCGUUAUCUCGCACCAGGUCGCGCUCGCAAACCAGGUGCCGUUCAACGAACUCGGUGAUCGCAUCCAGCAGGGCUCCGUCUUCCACUCCACCCUCAACACGAAAGGCACGACGUUCCAGACGGGCGAGGACAUCGCCGUCCGCGCGCAGUUCAUCAACAGCGGCGCGCUCACCAACGGCCAGGACACCGCCUUCCGCGCCGUCUCGGACCGCUGGCCCGUCUUCGCCUUCGCGCACGACUUCGGCGCCGUCUCCGCCGCGACCGCCCCCUUCGUCCUCUCCCUCGCGCACGUCCGCGACCCCGCGCUGCAGUACGUCGCCGCGGACGGGACGACCGAGCAGCGGAGCUCGUUCUUCUGGACCAAGUACGCCGACUUCGCCGACGCGAUCUCGGCCUUCCUUGGCGACUACGCCAAUGCCGUCGUCCGCGCGAACGCGUUCGACGCGAAGCUCCAGGCCGACGCGGGCAAGAUCUCGGCCGACUAUGCGUCCCUCGUCCCGCUGUCGGUGAGGCAGACGCUGGGUGCGAUCGAGAUCACGGCGGCAAAAAAGAGCGAUGGGUCGCUGGACGCUUCGGAUGUCAAGACGUUCAUGAAGGAGAUCUCUUCGUCUGGGGACGUGAACACCGUCGAUGUCAUCUUCCCCUCCUGGCCCUUGUUCCUGUACACGAACCCCGAGAUUGGCAAGCAGCUGCUCCUUCCACUCCUGGCGUACCAGGCUUCCGGUCUGUACCCCAACAAGUACAGCGUUCACGACUUGGGUUCCCACUACCCCAACGCCACAGGCCACAACGAUGGCAAAGACCAAGCCAUGCCAGUCGAAGAGAGCGGUAACAUGGUGAUAAUGGCUCUGAGCCACGCCCAGACGGCGAACGACCAGUCGCUGCUCAAGACCUACUUCAGCCUCCUGGACCAGUGGACGCAGUUCCUGAUCACGGACUCGCUCAUCCCCGCGGACCAGCUGAGCACCGACGACUUCGCGGGCUCGCUCGCAAAUCAGACCAACCUGGCAAUCAAGGGUAUAGUUGGCAUCAAGGCCAUGUCGAAGAUCGCUGCGCUCACAGGGGAUAACGAUCGGGCGACGAAAUACAGCUCGAUGGCAGAUUCGUACGUUCAGCAGUGGAAGACGCUCGCUACUUCUGCGGACGGGAAGCAUUUGACACUUUCUUACGGCAACAGUGACAGCUGGGGUUUGGCAUACAACCUUUAUGCUGACAAGUUGCUGGGAACGAACGCUUUCCCGCAAGACGUCUACGACUUGCAAACUGAAUGGUACAAUGGGCAGGCCAAGCCUUUCGGUGUACAGCUCGACACGCGGCAUACAUACACGAAGUCCGACUGGCAGAUCUGGACGGCCGGCAUCAUGUCCGCGACUCAAGUGCGCGACAUGUUCGUCAGCUCCGUGCUGAAGUACGCGGGCGACGGCGCGACGAACCAGCCCCUUCCCGAUCUCUACGAUGCCAUCAACGGUACCGAGGUCCCUGGCUCUGGUCACGCACGUCCCGUCGUUGGCGGGCACUUCGCCCUGGUUCGUACUCAGUGA